AUGGGUGUGAUUCGCAAAAAGACUGUCAACAGAGGUGGCGAAGGAGGUGUCAAGUACGUCUGUGAUGCCUGUUCCGUCGACAUCACGUCUACUGUUCGAAUUCGAUGCGCAGAUUCGGCAUGCACGGAUUUUGAUCUUUGCGUCUCUUGCUUUGCCAAGGGAGAGUCGCGCAACGCACACGACCCCGCCACUCACGCUUUCCGAGUCAUUGAACAAAACUCUUUUCCAAUCUUCGACGAGGAAUGGGGCGCAGACGAAGAAUUGCUUCUAAUUGAAGGUGCCGAGAUCUAUGGACUCGGAUCUUGGGCAGACAUCUCCGAUCACAUUGGUGGUUUCCGUCAAAAGGACGAGGUUCGCGACCACUAUCUCAAAACAUACGUCGAUUCUCCCAACUUUCCCCUCCCAAAACGCUGCAGCCCUCACGACAAUGAGCUGGCCAAAGAAAUUCCUCGAGAAGAAUUCCAAGCGCGCAAAAAACGCAGGAUCGAAGAGCGCCGCGAGGCUGCUAAGAACGCGCCAGCCUUACAACCCAAGACGAAACCGACGGCCUCUGUGCCCAGCUGUCACGAAAUCCAAGGCUACAUGCCCGGUCGUCUAGAAUUCGAAACCGAACAUGCUAAUGAUGCCGAGGAAGCUGUACAACUCAUGCAAUUUGACCCUGGCGAUGGUCUGAACCCGAAGACGGGGGAGCUCGAGCCCGAAAUGGAGCUCAAACUUACCGUCAUGGAAAUUUACAACUGCCGACUCACACAGCGAGUCGAUCGCAAAAAGGUUAUCUUCGAGCACAACUUGCUUGAUUAUAGAGAGAAUUCAAAGCUAGAAAAGAAGAGGACCAAGGAAGAAAAGGACUUGAUUCAAAAGGCCAAACCUUUCGCGCGCAUGAUGAAUCGCAAAGAUUUUGACGAUUUCUGUCAAGGACUCGUCGACGAGCAGAACCUUCGACAAGCCAUUGCUCAACUACAAGAAUGGCGCAGUCUCAAGAUUGGUGACUUGCGCAGCGGUGAGAAAUACGAGGCGGAAAAGGCUGCCAGAAUACAAAAAGCUAUUCCCAUGGGCUCUAUGGAUCGCGAACGUCUUGCCUCUACACAACGCAACAAGCAAACUGCACCGCCUGAGCCGGCCAGCGGCGCUGCCCUGCUUGUCGCGCCCGAGCUGCCCAGUCACAUCAACCAGAGUACAGCCGAUGGCGAAGACAAAGCGCUUGUCAACGGACAGUCUAAUGGUGUCGUCACCAAUGGCCACGCGGCACCACCUCGACCAAAAUACACUCCUCAGCCAAUCUCGGGUGUGCAGUCGCUGCAUCUUACCCAGGACAAUGCGCCAGAUUUACAUCUGCUCACACCAGAGGAGCACAAGCUUUGCGAUGUGAUCCGCUUGCAGCCCAAGCCAUACCUCAUGAUCAAAGAGCAAAUUCUCAAGGAGGCGCUGAAGUCAAAUGGGUCACUCAAGAAGAAGCAAGCGAAAGACAUCUGUCGACUAGACUCACAGAAGGGAGCAAGAAUAUUUGACUUUUUCGUGAAUGCCGGCUGGGUUGGAAAGGCUUGA